GGCGGCGUUUGUUGACAAGAGCCCGAGUGGGAUCAGGGGGACCUUGUUGGCAGGGAUCUACAAUGCUGUGUUGGGGCAAUGCUUCCUACGGACAACUAGGCUUGGGAGGGAUUGAUUUGGAGGUCGUCUUCGAGCCCCAGAAAUGUGAAUUCUUCCAUGGGAAACAUGUGUCCGACAUGGGCUGCGGCCGCAAGCAUACAGCUUUCCUACUUGAAGACGGGACAGUUUACACCUGCGGCUGCAAUGACCUAGGACAGCUGGGACACGAGAAGUCUCAAAAGAAACCAGAACAGGUUGUGGCUCUGGAUGCACAGAUCAUCGUGGCGGUGUCCUGUGGAGAGUCCCACACACUUGCCCUCAAUGACAAAGGGCUGGUUUUUUCAUGGGGCCUGAGUUCAGAUGGUCAGUUAGGCCUGCACAACUUUGAAGAGUGUUCUCGUGUGCCUAGAAACAUCAAGAGUUUGUCAGAUGUACAGAUUGCUCAGGUGACCUGUGGAUACUGGCACUCUCAUGCACUUUCAAGAGGGGGCCAUAUCUUUUCUUGGGGGCAGAAUCGAUACGGACAGCUCGGGCUGGGAAUAAAUGGACAAAGCAUUUCCACACCUCAAGUCAUUCAGUCUCUGGAGGGCAUUCCUUUUGCUCGGAUAUCAGCAGGUGGCGCUCACAGCUUUGCUCUCACUCUGUCAGGAGCAGUGUUUGGCUGGGGCCGCAACAAGUUCGGUCAACUCGGUCUAAAUGACAUCAAUGAUCGACAUUUUCCAACCCUGCUGAAGUCUCUUAGAUCACUGAAAGUGAUUUACAUCUCCUGUGGAGAAGAUCACACGGCAGUGCUGACCAAGGAAGGUGGAGUUUUUACAUUUGGAGCAGGAGGAUACGGUCAACUUGGACACAAUUGCACCAGUCAUGAAAUAAACCCACGGAAAGUGUUUGAGCUCAUGGGAAACGUAGUCACACAGAUUGCAUGUGGAAGGCAGCACACUUUGGCUUUCACACCGUCUUCUGGAAAGAUCUAUUCAUUUGGACUUGGAGGUAACGGGCAACUUGGCACUCGUUCCACCUGCAAUAGGAAAAGUCCGUCCACAGUCAAAGGGCCCUGGGAAACCUUCAGUGAUACAGGUGCAGAGCAGAACUGCAUCGUCAAACGGAUCUAUGCUGGUGGAGACCAGAGCUUUGCUCAUUUUUGCACUGCCAACAACCAGCAGGUCCUGGAGGACGUCAGGAUACACGAUGCUCAAAGAAAGAUUUGUACCUUGAAUGAAAGUGUCAUACAGAAAUGGCUUACCCACUCCCCAGGAAGACUCCCCGUAGACGUCUCCAAUGAGAUUGACCUCGUCUUCUCCUCAUCAAGCUGCCUCAAUGGAUCAUUUCUGUCUUUGAGUCAUCCAGAUCACUACAGUACCAGUGGUAAGUGUCCAGGGGUUGAUAUGAACAUGGCUCGACUCCUGUUUCACAGAGUGAUUCAGCAAGAGCACCCUGAGAUUGUUCAACAGAUUGCUGCCAGUUUGGAGAAGAACCUGAUUCCCAAACUCAGUCAUUCUCCUCCAGAUAUCGAAGCCUUGAGACUCUACCUCACUCUCCCAGAAUGCCCUCUCCUCAGUGAAAGAAGUAGUUAUUUGACAAUCGCUAUUCCUUUUGCGAAAUCAGUCAUCAGCCUGAAAGAGCUGCCGCUGAAGGUGCUAGGAAACUGGUGGUCGACAUUUGAGCCUCCAAUUUUCCAGCGGUUGGUAGAGCUGUACAAGGAUGCAGUAGUGUACUUGCUCCAGAUGCACAAGAUGGGCAUUCCUCAGAUAGAGCAGAGAAUUUUCAUGACUUUUCUGGACACAUGCCUCAGACUCUUGGAGAUCCUGCAUAUGGUGAAUGAUCGAGCUGGACACAUCAUACAAUAUGAUAAAUUCUAUAUUCAUGAGUUGGAUGAUCUUAUAAACAUCAGAAAUGAUUACGUCACAUGGUUUCAGAGGCAGAUGCAUACUAUGGGCCAUGAUGGUGUCGUGACACUAUGCAGGUAUCCUUUUGUAUUUGAUGCCCAAGCCAAGACAACGUUGCUUCAAACGGAUGCUGUCAUACAAAUGCAGAUGGCAGUGGACCAAGCACAUGCGCAAAACAUCAACUCUUUAUUCAUGCCAGCGGUAGAAUCUGUGAACCCCUGCCUCAUCCUCAUUGUCCGGAGGGAAAACAUUGUUGGAGACACCAUGGAAGUCCUGAGGAAGUCCAAGAAUGUUGACUACAAGAAACCACUCAAGGUGAUCUUUGUUGGAGAAGAUGCAGUUGAUGCUGGUGGUGUCAGAAAGGAGUUCUUCCUCCUGAUCAUGAAGGAGCUGCUGGAUCCCAAAUACGGGAUGUUCCGUUACUAUGAAGAGUCCAGGCUCAUCUGGUUUUCCAACAAGACCUUUGAAGACUUUGACUUGUUCAGCCUCAUUGGGGUCAUCUGCGGUCUGGCCAUCUAUAACUUCACCAUUGUAGAACUCAACUUCCCACUGGCCCUUUACACGAAGCUUUUGAAAAGGAAGGUGACGCUAGAAGACCUAAAAGAACUAAUGCCAGAUGUGGGAAGAAGUCUGCAGCAGUUACUGGACUACACAGAAGAUGACCUGGAGGAGACCUUUUGCUUGAAUUUCACAGUUGUGGAGGAAAACUAUGGUGCCAGAGAGGUCUUCGAACUUGUUCCUAAUGGUGAAAAAAUCUCUGUUAAUAAAUCAAACAGGCACGACUUUGUCAGCGCAUAUGUCGACUAUGUUUUCAACACAUCAGUGGCGCCGCUGUUUGAGUGUUUCUAUGCGGGCUUCCACAAAGUGUGUGGUGGAAAGGUCCUGGAGCUGUUUCAGCCCAACGAACUGCAAGCCAUGGUCAUCGGCAACACCAACUAUGACUGGACAGAGCUGGAGAAGAGUACAGAAUAUAAAGGAGAGUACUGGGCUGAUCAUCCCACCAUUAAGUGCUUUUGGGAAGUUUUCCAUAGUCUCCCUUUGGAGAAGAAGAAACAGUUUCUCUUGUUCCUCACAGGAAGUGACCGCAUUCCCAUCCUGGGCAUGAAAAGCCUGAAGCUGGUGAUCCAGCCGACCGGCGGGGGGGAGGACUACCUGCCCGUCGCCCACACCUGCUUUAACCUGCUGGACCUGCCCAAGUACACGAGCGCAGACACACUCCACCACAAGCUUCUGCAGGCUAUCCAGCACAAUCAAGGGUUUAAUCUGGUCUGACGGGCCGCCAGACCGGGCCCGGGACCUCCAGACCUCCAGACUGGACCUGGGACCUCCAGACCCAGGACUCAAACUCUUUCUUCUCUUCUUAACUUACACAAACUGUCUUAAUUAUGCUCAAACAGCUUCAGACAGAACGCUGAUGAUGCUCUGACUUUGAAGAUAAUCUUUUGUUCUCUGUGCUGUUGUGAGAUGCGCUCCUUCUGCUUUGAGGUCCCUCUUGUACGUUACGCUUUCACAUGGAAUCAUGUUUGGAUGCGGCACUCAGACAAAGUGCAGGACUUGGACAAAACGGCGCUGCGGGCCGUACUUUCAUGGCACAGGUGUAUAUAUAUAUAUAUAUAU